GCGUCUUCUUGGGUGGGGAAUUGAUUUGCUCUGUUUUUAAAAUCAUGAAUGAAUUCGUUUUAGAUAAGGCAAAAGUGAAAUAUUUUUCACAAAUAAAAUUUUUAUUUCUUGAAUGAGGAAGCAGUAUAUUCAUAAUGAAUGAGAUCAGUGGAAAGCAGGAACUUGCUACUACUUCAGCAUGGGACGUAGUCACACAGGUGUCACCUCUUCCUCAUGCACAUCACAACGACACUGUACCAGUGCUGGUGCCUACACCAAUAAAAAUUCCUCCCCCUGUUGGGCUUGAUGGUGUUCUUCCCCAUCCUUCACCAGGACUGCAGUUACCCCAGACACCACAUGGAAUGCCACCUGGGGUAUAUGUGGAGCCCGAGAUGCCACCAGAAUUACUUCAACAAGGCUGGCGCAAGUUUUGGAGUAAAAGGGAAAAUCGUCCAUAUUUCUGGAACAAAUUAACAGGGGAAUCAUUGUGGGAAAUGCCCCAGUUAAAACCACAGUUUGAUCCAAUAACAGAUCCAUUGGGCAUAUGCAGCACUACACCCAUUGUGAAUGGUCCACCUGGACCUGUUGUAGUCAAGAGACGAGCCUCAGAGGAAGGCAUUGGGAGUCCAGUUGCCAAAAAAUUUAUUUUGGCGGGACCCUGGGAUCUUGAAAUUCAGACAAAUGCAGUAAUAUAUGAGAGACCGCCCACCAUUUUACCUCAUCCCCACCCAGACAUUGAGACUUACAGAUGUUCUUUGGCUGCCAAGCUAAGACAGUGCUAUCAGGAGCUCUGUCAUUCCAGGGAAGCUAUUGAUGCACCAAAAGAUUCUUUCAAUCGCUGGUUGAUGGAAAGGAAGGUGAUCGAUACAGGAAGUGAUCCAUUAUUGCCAAGUAAUUGUUUCCCAGAAAUAUCCAUGUCAAUGUAUAGAGAGAUAAUGAACGAUAUUCCAAUCAAGCUGGUAAGACCAAAGUUCACUGGUGAUGCCAGGAAGCAGCUCUCUAGGUAUGCAGAAGCUGCAAAAAAAAUGAUUGAGUCAAGAAAUGCAACUUCAGAAAGCCGGAAAGUCGUCAAAUGGAAUGUUGAAGAGACAUUCCAGUGGUUGAGAAGGACAGUUGGUGCAACAUAUGAUGAUUUCCAAGAUCGAUUGGGUCAUCUGAAGCGCCAGUGUCAGCCUCAUCUCAUGGAGACCGUCAAGGAAUCAGUAGAAGGAAUUUGUUUAAAGAUCUAUCAUCUUUCAGCUGAUUAUGCAAAGAAAAUAAAAGAAAAACAUAAUGAAGUUUUAAAGGAAAAUGGCAUAUCAGAAGUGGUGACACCAGUACAGAUGCCAACCUUACGCAAGGUUUGGUGUUACCCUGUGCAGUUUGCCAUGCCUUGUCCACGACUGCCUCAGGUUGAUUACUUACCUGAGCGGGAUCAGACCUUGCUUAGGUUCCAUGGUGACACCAUGUGCAUCAACACAACGCAUCUUCAGAAACUGGAACAGCUGUACAGGUACAGUUGCUUUGAUGACAAAAAGUUUGAACUUUUUCUGCCUCGGGUAUGGUGCUUGCUGAAACGUUAUAAGACCUUCUUUGGAAGUGGGCAAAAUGAAGGUCAGGGAACUCAAGGAGCCCUUCCAGUCUCUGUGUUUGAGUGUCUCAACAAAAUGUUUGGAGUGUCGUUUGAAUGUUUUGCUUCUCCGCUGAAUUGUUACUUUAAACAAUACUGCUCUGCAUUCCCUGAUACUGACUCCUGCUUUGGAUCAAGGGGGCCAGUUUUGGACUUCAAACCAGUAAGUGGUUCAUUUGAAGCAAAUCCUCCAUUCUGUGAGGAAUUAAUGGAAGCAAUGGUGAAUCACUUUGAACGGCUUCUUUCUGAUUCAACAGAGCCACUUUCAUUCAUUGUAUUUAUUCCGGAGUGGCGUGAUCCUGCACCAAAUGCUCUUCUCAAACUUGAGACCAGUCACUUUAAGAGGAAACAAGUUGUUGUGCCAGCAUAUGAACAUGAGUAUCGGCAUGGCUUUCAGCAUAUGAUUUCAAAGAGUGAAUUGAAUGUGAGGUCAGCACAUGGGACUUUGGUAGUAUGGUUGCAAAAUAAGGCAGGAUAUCAGCACUGGGGACCCACUGAUGAUCGAGUAGAAGCACUUCUGGAAGCAUUCAGGCCAGGUCGAGAGCGAGAACGAGAUCGUCAGGAGUUGCUCUCGCCUCAAAGAAACAAUGCAGGUGAUGUUGUUCCCACCCCUGUUCCAAACCCACAGACUCCUCCAGAUAAUAAAUUACCUGUACCUGAAAGGCAAGUAUAGAGUGCAAUCAGAUAAAUGCAGGUAACUGUGCUUCUGUACUAAACUGUGACUUGGCAGCAAAGACCUUUACAUGUGAACGAAUGUUUGGACCAGUUGUGAAACUGAAAACAUGAUCUCGCUGUCACAGAAUGUGAAUUCUGUGUAGUUUAUUUUAUAUUUUUUAUGAAUUAGGUAGAAGGCAACGCUUGUACUUUGGCAGUCUAGUGCAUGGAAUGUGUAUGUGGGAAUAUGAAUCAAAAGAUUGCAAGUUUGAGGUAAUUAUGUGUUUGUUUUGUGGGACAGCUGUACCCAAGUGGUCUUUUUACUGUACCAAAUGGGUAGUUUAUUAAUAACUACUUUUAGACAGCACUAUAGUUCAAGCUCACUUUGUAAAUAACUACAUAUUCUAUAUAGAUAUCACAUGUUUUUUAAACAUCCCUAUUCGAAAGUAUUUUUUUAAUUUAGUUUGUAUAUUCAAGAUCCAUGUUACUCGUACCUGAAACAAAGAGGACAUUUUUAAAAAUAUAUAGUAAAUUAAAUACUAAGAACUCUAAUUGUAAAAUAUUUCUUUUCUGAGUUGUUAUUACUUAUCCAGCCAGUUUAAUCUCUACAUGUUCUUACUUUGCAGUGAAGUUAACAAAGAAAUGUGACUCAUUUUAUCUCUAAGAAGGUAGUGACAGAUUGUUAACAAACAUUUCUUUUGUGUUUCUUUCGGUCUUUUCUCACUGUAAAUAUAUAUGCACUCAUGAACACCAUGUAGUUGUCUCGAAAUUUUAUAUUGUAUAUACAUUUUAUUGUGUAUUAUAUGGAAAAUUUUACAAUGUGGAACUGCAUAGUUUGUAACUUGUUUCCAUUUAAUGUAUAUGGAUUCAAUUUGCCAUAGUGGAAAUAUAGUUAUGUGUAUUUGUAUAUAACAGAUAUUUUAGUUGAUAGUCAGAUGGUAAUAUAACUGUAAACUAGAUUAUAAGAGUAAAUAUAAAUUGUCACAAAAUAUGAUAGUGUUAAAUGAAGCACUGGUUUUAAUUUUGUCAUUUAGCAGUAGAUUAGUCAUCAGAGUGUAAUUCAUAUAUGAAAAGGCAAAAGUAAUCUCAGAGUCUUUAAAUAUCUUUGCAGUUAAAUAUCUAAGUAUGAUGCUCACAUUUUACAUUUUAAACAUGUUUUUACAGUGCCCAUUAAGUAAAUGCCAUUAAGAUGGCAGCAGAAGCAGGUAUAGGUUGGUUUCAGGAAUGCUUUAUGUAUAAGCCCUCUGUCUCAAACAUUGAGAUUCUUUCAAAAUUGAUAAACAGGUGGAUGAGGUGAGGAAGUCAACAUGGCAUAUUUCUUCCUUAAUGGAUUGGCUGCAUAAUUUUAUUUUCAGAAUAAUUAUUUAAUUUAGAGUUAUUAUUCAUUCCUAAUUUAAAGUCACAGUCUUAGAUAUUAAGCUAGACCUGUCAUAUCAUAAAAACAUUAGUUAUUUUUUCCGCCUGUUUAUUGUUUGAAUUUGGGACGUGAAAUUUCAGAUUAAGUUUAAUCUAUAUGAAAUCAAGUGAUGACCAAAUCAGUUGGCUUUAGUUCUUCACGAACCAGCUUUUGUUUAAUCUUUACUCUGGUAUUUUUUCUGAAACUAAUUGUUAUUUAGUUUCAUAAUACUUUUCAAGUUCAAACAUAAGGGGAACCAUAUUUUAAGGGUUUCCCUCAGUUAUGAGUUACUGUUUUGGGGGUGUUUUCAGUCUGGCUACAAAUGCAUUAUGUCUUAUACUUCUGUCUGAAGUUGGUUCAAGAUACAUUUUAGUUUAAAUAUUUGCUGCAGGAGGACUGAAUAUGGAGGCAAAAUAGUUGUUGACCAAUUAAUUAAAAAUUUUCUCAAAAAAAUUUGUUUACAGUACUUCUGUCAGUAUAUUCAUAAACCUUGGUCUCAAAGAAGUUCUUACCGCCAUCUUUGAGCUGAUU